AUGCUGAAAAGCUAUGAAUGUACUGGUCGAAUGAACCCUGUUAGUGCGGCCUUAUGGAUUGGACGAAUGGUCUCCUUGAGUAUUGUUCGCUUUGAAGGCCUUUGGUCACCGCUCAUUCGAUGCCGAGCUGGCAUCCUAUUGGUUCUUCUCUGGUUAGGCUGCAUCCUGGGGGCCACACUGCUCGCUGUGUUCAUUUUCUGCACCCUCUGGCUCUACCGUGUGACUAGACCUGCCAAAAACCAAGAAGAAUCGUUUCAGAUGAACCAAACCAUGAACGGAGCUCACACCGUCGAUGACUCCAAAUUGGCCACCUCUGCGCAGCGCUACCAUUUCGAGUAUCAGAAAAGACAGAUGCUCUCCCGUACACUCAGCGGUGAUGGUGAUCCUUCAAAAUCACCCGACCUAAAAGAUGAUGCCAAGGACACCAUUUAUGCAUAUCCAGGUCUUGGUCCGACUACUCCUCUGGAACUGGAAAACCCCAUUUACUGCGAGCAUGCAAUGGAUGUGGUAAAGUCAAACCAAUCGGAUAUGACCAACUGAGCUGCCAACUGAUUUGUUGGGUGUGGGGUAACAUAUUUCGAUACAUUUAUCUCCCACUGACUUGUAAGCUUGUUCAAGACUGCCGUGGAAAUUUUUCAACUGACAUGAUUUCUUUCAAGCUUGAAUGGUUGUGAUUUGUAAAUUGCUUUUCAAACUGGAGUCUUUGGUCCGAAAGCCAUCCAUUUGUUUUUUCACUCCCUCUGGUAACUCAACUACAGGUCUUUCAGUCA